AACUCAUUUUAUCUCAUGUGACGGCAAAUAGCAGAUGUGUGGUUUUAUUUAAAAUAAAAAAUAAUAAAAGUUAUAGCGCAGAAAUAAGAACUAAACAAUUUAUUACUCGCCUGUAAAUAUUUUAAGGAGGUACUCGACAGAUAAUACUUCGUGAAUCUUUGUUUUUCUUUACGAGUUGCAUGUUAUUUGAAUGGAAAAUGACUAAAGGAAAAGCGUUAAGUCUAACUGGAGUAGUUGUGCUUCUUGUGAUUGGAGGCUUAACGGUAGCAUUUGCAACUCCCAUUACGUCGGUUCCAAACAAAUCUAUCAACAAUGGACCUGAUUCUUGUUCACCGGUUAUUAUUGCACAUCGAGGCGCAAGUGGUUAUGUACCAGAACAUACGCUUGGGUCAUAUGCCCUCGCUAUAACGAUGGGAGCUGACUACGUUGAACCUGAUCUUGUAAUGACAAAAGACGGACAUCUAAUAUCAAGACAUGACAAUGUACUAGGAUUAACUACAGAUGUUGCUAGUCAUCCAGAAUUUGCCAAUCGUCACCGGACUCAGACAGUUGAUGGAACCGAAAUUAGUGGUUGGUUCACGGAGGACUUUACCUUAGCUGAAAUUAAAACUUUGAGAGCCGUUGAACGUAUACCGGAUAUAAGACCAGGCAAUGCACGAAUGGACGGCGCUUUUCAAAUCGCUACCUUCCAAGAAAUUAUUGAUCUUGUAAAAGGUAUGCAAAGAAGUCAACGACGAACAAUUGGUAUUUAUCCUGAAAUAAAACAUAGUAGUCACUUCAGUAAUAUAGGUUUGCCAAUGGAAGAGCUUGUCGUCAAUACAUUCCAUGCAAAUGGUUAUUUAGAUUCCAACUCUCCGGUUUACAUUCAAUCAUUUGAAGUGAAUAAUUUGAAAGAAUUAAAGAAACUAACUAAUCUUAGAUUACUGCAGUUAUUCGAAAGUGACAAAUCCCUCCAACCAGCAGAUCAAGCUUUGCUUAAUACCAGCCUUACGUAUGGCAAUAUGUCUACUCCGGAAGGAUUAGCUGAAGUUGCAAAAUAUGCUGCAGCAGUUGGACCAGACAAGAGCUUCAUAAUUCCCCGUAACGAGGAUAAUACUCUCGGCGAGCCUACCAGCUUUGUCGAAGAUGCUCAUGCAGUCGGUCUAAAAGUGCACCCUUAUACAUUCCGUGCUGAAAACACUUACUUGCCUAAGGAAUUUCAAAGUGACAAUCCAGCAAAAUCUGCUUCCGGUGACUUAAUGGGUGAACUGCGAAAGUUUAUUGAAGCUGGAAUUGAUGGACUUUUCUCAGAUCAGCCGGACAUUGCCGUACGGCUACGAGGCCCAUGCUUAUAAGCCCACCGAUUUUAUGUAGUAUGCAAUUUAUACUUAAAUACUAGCUAAUAUUAUAUUAUUUUUCUGUAAAUAAUAAUAGUCUGAUUCGAUUCUACGUUAGUCAAUGGUAUUACGGCGGACACAGUUGCAGCAGUUGCUGGCACUCGCGUAAAGAUUAACAAAAGUUUCAAUUCAAUCACUCGAACGAAGCAUUUUUGAUGCAAAUGUAGCAUAGAAUAUGAACAA